AUGUUAGAAAGAUUGGCAAACCACCCCUUUUAUUGUUUUCUUGAUGGGUACAGUGGUUUCUUCCAAAUCCCGAUCCACCCUAAUGAUCAGGAGAAGACCACUUUCACAUGCGCUUAUGGCACCUUUGCUUAUCGAAGGAUGCCAUUUGGGCUGUGCAAUGCUCCAGCUACUUUCCGGAGGUGCAUGACCUCCAUUUUUUCAGAUCUGAUAGAGGAGAUGGUAGAAGUCUUCAUGGACGAUUUCUCAGUCUAUGGAGCAUCCUUCUCCUCAUGUUUGUCUAACUUGUGCAGGGUGUUGCAGAGGUGUGAGGAGACCAAUCUAGUACUCAACUGGGAGAAGUGCCACUUCAUGGUUCGAGAGGGAAUUGUGCUUGGACACAAGAUUUCCGAGAAAGGGAUCGAGCUCGAUCGAGCUAAGGUGGAUGUCAUGUUGCAGCUCUCUGUUCCCAAGACUGUGAAGGACAUAAGGAGUUUUCUGGGUCUUUUGGAGCAUUCUGGAGCAUAUGGGACACAAGGAGCAUGGAGGGACUUGGCACAUGGAAGCAGCUCAACUGGAUACGCAAAGGAAGAAGGGAGAAGCCAUCUUGAAGACUCACUCGACCGGCCAAGCUUCAACUCGAUCGAGCUGGGGAGUCAAAGUCAAACCCGAAAAAUGUUGCUUCCCCCUUGA